GGCACACCUCUCUCUCUCUCUCUCUCUCUGACCAAGGGUUUAAAUCUUGGCCCAGAUCAGCCGCAGCAUCCAGACUCUUCUGCCAGUUGCAGCAGGAACAGCAUCAUGAAAGCCAGGCUCUUCCUCCUCUUCUUCCUCAUGGGCCUCCUCACCAUCUGUGUUGAGCUACCAUCUGCAGCUGGACAAAGAGUGCGCCCUGGACGGUGUCCUCGGAUUCAUGGCCCUGGCACAUGUGCAAUCUCCUGUGAGAGUGAUGAGUUUUGCGGCCCUGGGGAGAAGUGUUGUAGUACUGGCUGUGGAUUUGCUUGCAAAAGAGUCAUUGAAGUAAGCCCUGGACGGUGUCCCCGGCCCAUUGGGCUUGGGACAUGCGACGAACGCUGUCCCAGCGAUGGAAUUUGCCCACCCGGGCAGAAGUGUUGCAGCAAUGGCUGUGGCCAUGCUUGCAUGAGAACCGUUUUUGGGUAACUUGGACUCCAGCGUGGAUGAGCCCCUCCGUGAGACUCCUCACCUGGAACAGGCAUCACAGCUGACUUCUCUCUAACUUCCUUGGGAGCAGAAGACUCUGCAGUGGCAUGAAACCUUGUAUUGAAUAGGCUCACCGAAUAAAAAUGAUAUGAACCUUG